AAAAAAAAAAGAAAAAGAAAAAAGAAAAAAACCACCUGCAGCUAAGAUCCAGCAAGGGGAAGAGUGACUGAUCAGGGAUCAUGGCUUACGCCCUGACGUUUGGUUUAUUUCUUAAAAGUGGUGAUCAAGUCUCUGUCCGAGCAUUUGAAGCAAGAGGCAACCUUUGGUGGAAGCUCAUUGCCUUUUUGAAAUCCUGCACUUGUUAGGAAGUGUUAUCAGAACAGCCCCUGCUGGCCUCAGUCUGGCCCUUAGAAAGCAGAGCAAACAUAACUGUUCUUUCCUGCCUCUGUCCCCUGAAACAUUUGAAGCCAGUGAGGAGAUUCUUCCUUCUCAAAAUUCAGUGGCUUUCAGACAGGAAGAAGAGAGCACUGCAGAAGAAAGAUACCAGUGAGUGGAACCCUCCUGCCUCAGCUGCAUGUCCGCAGGAGGAUCGAGCUCAUUCAGGAUUUUGAGAUGCCGACUGUCUGCACCACGGUCAAGGUGUCCAAAGACGGGCAGUAUGUCCUCGCCACAGGAACAUACAAACCUCGGGUUCGCUGUUACGACACCUACCAGUUAUCCUUGAAGUUUGAAAGAUGCUUAGAUUCAGAAGUUGUCACCUUUGAAAUUUUAUCUGAUGACUAUUCAAAGAUCGUCUUCUUGCACAAUGACCGGUACAUUGAAUUCCACUCACAGUCGGGCUUUUAUUACAAAACCAGGAUACCCAAAUUCGGCAGGGAUUUCUCCUACCACUACCCAUCCUGUGACCUGUACUUCGUUGGUGCAAGCUCUGAAGUUUACAGACUCAACCUGGAGCAAGGACGCUACCUGAACCCGCUGCAGACCGACGCUGCGGAGAACAAUGUCUGCGACAUAAAUCCUGUGCACGGCUUGUUUGCCACAGGAACAAUCGAGGGUCGAGUGGAGUGCUGGGACCCAAGAACCCGGCACAGAGUCGGCCUACUGGACUGCGCCUUAAGCAGUGUCACGGCAGAUUCGGAGGUCAGCAGCCUGCCAACCAUCUCUGCCCUGAGGUUCAGCGGCGGCCUGGCCAUGGCAGUGGGCACGUCCACGGGGCAGGUUUUGUUGUACGACCUUCGAUCCAGUAAACCACUGCUCGUUAAGGACCACCAGUAUGGGCUGCCUGUUAAGUCCAUCCACUUCCAGGACACACUAGAUUUGAUUUUGUCAGCAGACUCUCGCAUCAUCAAAAUGUGGAAUAAGAACUCAGGGAAAAUAUUUACUUCCUUGGAGCCAGAACACGACCUCAAUGAUGUCUGCCUCUACCCCGGCUCAGGAAUGCUCCUCACGGCCAAUGAGGCCCCCAAGAUGGGCAUCUAUUACAUCCCGGUGCUGGGCCCCGCACCUCGCUGGUGCUCUUUCCUGGACAACCUGACGGAAGAGUUGGAGGAGAAUCCGGAGAGCACAGUGUACGACGAUUACAAAUUCGUCACCAGGAAAGACCUUGAAAAUUUAGGGCUCACGCAUCUCAUCGGCUCGCCCUUCCUGCGGGCGUACAUGCACGGGUUUUUCAUGGACAUCAGGCUCUAUCACAAGGUGAAACUGAUGGUUAACCCAUUUGCUUAUGAAGAGUACAGAAAAGAUAAAAUUCGGCAGAAGAUAGAAGAGACACGUGCACAGCGGGUCCAGUUAAAGAAACUGCCAAAAGUCAACAAGGAGCUGGCUCUCAAAUUAAUGGAGGAGGAAGACGAGAAGCAAAGGUCUGCAUGGAAGAAGAAGGCGAAGAGCCUUCCGAAUAUCCUCACUGACGACCGAUUCAAAGUUAUGUUUGAGAACCCUGACUUCCAAGUAGAUGAAGAGAGUGAAGAGUUCAGGCUUUUGAAUCCACUUGUUUCAAAAAUCAGUGAGAAAAGGAAGAAGAAAUUAAGACUCUUGGAACAACAAGAACUUCCUGAAAAAGAAGAGGAGGAAGAGCCGGAGGGCAGGCCGAGUGACGCGGAGAGCUCGGGCAGCUCCGACGACGAGAAGGCCUGGGUGGCCGAGGUCCGCAAGCAGCGGCGGCUGCUGCAGCAGGAGGAGCGGGCACGGCGGCAGGAGCAGCGGCGGGAGGACCAGCAGGCAGUCCUGAAGCCCCAGUUCUACGAGAUCAAGGCCGGGGAGGAGUUCCGCAGCUUCCAGGAGUCUGCCGCCAAGCAGAAGCUGAUGAACAAAACCCUUGAGGAUCGGUUGAAACUGGAAGCCAAACACGGGACAUUGAGUGUGGCCGAUACCAGCGUGGGCAGCAAGCAGCUGACAUUCAUGCUGAAGAAGUCUGAGCAGCAGAAGCAGCGGCAGGAGGCCGAGAAGCAGCACCGGCUGGAGAGGAGGCAGCUGCGCCGUUCUGCCGGCCACCUGCGCUCCCGGCGCGGCCGAGGCCGCCCGUUCCCCUGAGUGCCCGGCGGAGGACACGAGGCUGCACGGAGGGACGGAUAGACUGACGACAGACGGAUGGACAGGCCAGUGCGCACUGGGCACUAGCCCCUGGCGCCUUCUCCAUAGUGUGGAGCCUGCUGCUCUUUUAAUACUGCACAAGAAUUGCCGUGAACUGAGGCUCAUCCCGCGCCAGCGGCAGAGCUCUCGCUCCCCUCCUUGCGGUGCCUGCGCUGCCCGAGACGCCGCCACUCGCGGUCCCCACCUGGGACGGCGAUGUUGUCGCGGACUCGUUUGCCCCUCGGUAUUAGCUCGGGGUGCUUUAGAACUAUUUCUGUACCAGCCGUGUAAAUUAAUGGUAAUAACAGUAACCGAGAGGUGGAAGCGACUGCUUAUUGCUUGCCCUUGGCAGGAGAUUAAAUAGGCUCUUUCUGCAGAGGUGCAAUUAGAACGUCGCUGGAGGAGACGUUUAUACAAUAAAUACUUUCGUGUCAGCGACUUCUUUGAGAGGGACCCUUGCCUUGAACCACUGAAAAUUAGCUUUGGUUCCUGCAGCCUCGCAGGCGUGAUGUCAGAGGAGCUCUCGGAGACAGAGUUCCUCACCGUGAAGCGAGGCUGCCCCUCGGCGUGCCGGGCUUGGAGUAGAUGCCCAAACGCGGGGCCGGAGUGGCAGUCACCUCCUGGUCCCCCCCACCUGCCCUCCCUGCACCUGCCCUCCCUGCCGCCCCAUAGGCAAGGACAGUGUGGGUCACUUGUCCCCCUGUGGCCCGCAAGCCGGCGUUUGUCUGCAGGCGAGCGUGUGUCCCUCGGGGCUAGUAGGUGUCUGGUCGCGAGGAAGGAAGGAAGGACUGGGCUUCCCUGCGGCUGGUUACAGAGACGGGCCGGGAGCCACUGCUGCAGGGUGCGCCCCAGAGUCGGGGCUGGGAGAUGAGAUGGGCGGCGUCCGCCAGCUGCGUCCUUCCCCGUCCCACGGCUGCCCCCAGGGCCAGCCUUUCCCGGUGGCCUUCGACGCUGGGUGGGUGGCUCUGGAGACCCUGUGUGUGCGGGGACAUGGAGCCUGACACCUCCGCAGGCUUCUGUGGCCCACACCGGUCCGGACGCCUGGCUCCCUGGCCUCUCUCCCUGCGGUUACCCUGGGGUGGGAAGUGUCACUCACAGUGACACAGUGGUCAGAAUUCCAGCGAGGAUUCUCUAUGCACGUAACAGUGCACACGUCUGGCGUGACCCUGCCUGUGUGACGGCAUUUUUAUAGUGGUGAUAUGCUCACAAUGCACAUCUUCCCAGGAAAAUGCACCUCGUUCUUGUAUAAACAUCAGAGUAUUUUGGGAUGUAAUAAAGUUUAUCUACUCUGCCUACUCGUGGCUCAAACUAAACUGUAAGGGGAAGACUCCAAAGGCCAUUGGCACAGCAGUUACGGGGGCCAUGCCUGUGAUUCCAGGACGGCUGUGGCCUUGUAAACAUUUUAAAAGGUUUUGCGGGGCCUUAGUUAAACUUGCCAUGCAUACAAAACCCGCCUGGCUGUGUUAUUUGAUUAAUUGGGUUUGAAGUGAUUUUCAAACCUGACUUCACCUUCGCGGCCAGAGUUGCAAGGGCCAAAGUGAAUGAGCGAGUGGGGUCCGCGUGGCGGAUCACUCAGAACUCGGAGAGACACAGGCUGUUGGAAUGAGUACUUUGUAUGUUAUGUAUAAGUAAAUCCUAUGUGUAAAUA